AUGUCUGUCGAACUUGAGCCAUCAUUACAACUUCCUUUCCAUCGUCCUUUCACACAAUUGGUCAAGGAAAUCCUUGUUGUUCGUAACCCUAACACUCAACCGGUAGCCUUCAAGGUUAAAACCACCGCUCCCAAACAAUAUUGUGUGAGGCCAAACUCAGGUAGAAUUGAGGCGAACCAAAGCGUAGAGGUCCAAGUUAUUCUUCAACCGAUGAAGGAGGAUCCACCUCCAGAUUUCAAAUGCAAAGACAAGUUUUUGGUACAAAGUAUAGCAAUUACGCCGGAACGGGAAACCUUAUCUUUACAGGAACUGUGGUCUAUAACCGAGAAAGAGGCAAAAGAAAGCAUCAAAGAAAACAAAAUUAGAUGUGUAUAUUUGCCACCAGUCACGCCUGCCGCAAACAAUUUACCAUCUGCAUCACCUCCCUCGAACCUAUCUCUUUCACCUCAAACUCCUGUACCUGCUCGUCCUUCAUCACCAAGUUCUCCAUUAGAUAGCAGUAUUUACUCUGAAGCGGAUAAGACAAUUAAUCAUUUAUCAUCUCCACCGCCGUAUUCGUCCAACACGAAUGAUUCAAAUAAGACAACCGUGUCAGCACACACAGAUAAUGUUCCAACAUCAAGAGGUAUAAUGAAUGGACAUUCCACAACCAUCUCAUCUCGUGCACCUGGUUCUUUUCCCAAGGAUCAUGAAGAUCAUAUCAUUAAAGACGAACCUGCAAAAUUACGAAGACAGUUACUUGAAGCUCAGGAAGAAAUCAAACGUCUUAGCCACUCUGUCGAAAAUUACAAACAGGAGUUGAACACAGCUCAAAUGAGACAACGCAAAAAUGAUGAAUCUAUUUCUCCAUCAAACCGACAUAGUAUUUCUGGUGUUGGUGGUUAUUCUGUUAAUGUUCAAGAACGAAUUCCCGAAGGUUACUAUCCAUUUGAAGUAGUUGUUGGGGCUGCUGUGGGAGCUUUUCUAUUUGGAGUGAUGUUCUUCUAA